AUGGCGCUCGACAGCUAUUACCGGAACAAGAUAGAGAGCAUGAAGCUCGAGAUUAUCCAAGGACAAGCUGUUCUCAGACGAUUAGAGGCACAGAGGAACGACUAUAACUCAAGGGUGAGAUUACUGCGGGAGGAGCUCGGUCUGCUGCAGCAGCCAGGCUCUUAUGUCGGUGAGGUUGUUAAGGUCAUGGGCACGAAGAAGGUCCUCGUCAAGGUCCAUCCAGAAGGGAAAUACGUGGUUGAUAUUGCGGACGGCGUCGAUAUCGCCAAGUUGACGGUCGGCAAACGAGUUUCUCUUCUGUCUGACUCGUACAAGCUGGAGAAGAUGCUGCCUUCUUCUGUUGACCCCCUCGUGUCGCUGAUGAUGGUCGAAAAGGUCCCAGACAGCACCUAUGAUAUGAUCGGCGGGUUGGACCAGCAGAUUAAGGAGAUCAAGGAAGUUAUCGAGCUAGGCCUCAAGCAUCCUGAGCUUUUUGAAUCCCUCGGCAUCGCACAACCGAAAGGUGUGCUGCUCUAUGGGCCCCCAGGGACAGGUAAGACUCUGCUAGCCCGUGCAGUUGCACACCAUACAGACUGCAAGUUCAUUCGGGUCAGCGGUUCGGAGCUUGUACAGAAGUAUAUUGGUGAGGGAAGCAGGAUGGUUCGAGAGCUCUUCGUCAUGGCUCGAGAGCAUGCUCCCAGUAUCAUAUUUAUGGAUGAGAUCGAUAGCAUCGGCUCCAGCCGAGUGGAGGGAAGCAGCGGGGGCGAUUCAGAAGUCCAGCGUACCAUGUUGGAGCUUCUCAACCAGCUAGACGGGUUUGAGCCGACAAAAAACAUCAAAAUCAUCAUGGCCACCAACCGGCUGGAUAUCCUAGACCCAGCCCUUCUGCGGCCCGGCCGGAUAGAUAGAAAGAUUGAAUUCCCACCUCCCUCCGUCGAAGCCAGAGCUGACAUCCUUCGCAUCCACUCACGCUCGAUGAACCUAACUCGCGGCAUCAACCUAACCAAGAUCGCCGAGAAGAUGAACGGCUGCUCUGGUGCUGAGUUGAAGGGAGUAUGUACCGAGGCUGGCAUGUAUGCCUUGCGAGAGCGACGGGUACAUGUUACGCAGGAAGAUUUUGAUCUUGCAACAGCCAAGGUUCUCAAUAAACACGACGAUAAGGAGGUCAGUCUCGGCAAGCUGUGGAAGUAG